AUGAUCCUGUUGUGUCAGGCCGCCCUGCCGACAGAUACCGAGCAUCCUAACAAUGCAGAUGAUUGUUCGAAUAAUUCCCUAGAAACGGUGCUAUGGUGUCGUGGUUCGAAAGCUUUACAAAAUGCCUUAAAUAAUUUAAGUAAAACAAAUAAACCCGUUGUCAUUAUACGUGGACUAGAAUUGGUACCGUCGACAAAUAUCACCUCCGACGAUGGCAACAAUCAGGUGACGGCAAAUUUGACAGAUAAUACUGUCGAUAAUGAUGGUGACACCGAUGACACCUUCCUGGGACGUUUUUCCCGUUACCUGCGAACGCAUGAGUUGAAUAUAAAAUUUUCGGAUUUAUUGGCGGAUGUCAGCGAACGUCAUUACAUGGCACGUGAUCUGGAUCAGAGUGGAAUUCAAAUGGAUUCAAUGAGCGGAGAAGCUCGUAAAAAGGAUAAGGGUGGCGGUGCUAUGAUGUUAAUGGCUCUUAUGUUCUCAAAAAUGAUGGCUGUCAUGGGACUCGGCGGUCUCGGUGCCUUAGCAAUGAAGGCCAUGGGUGUAUCUAUGAUGGCUUUAAUGAUGGCUGCACUUGUUGGAGUAAAGUCACUAGCAUCUCAAGGACACGAAUCCUCUCACAGUGUACAAUACGUCACAGCAGAUGGUCAUCAUCACAAGAGACGCCGAAGACGACGCAGUGUUGCCGCAGACGACAAUAGUAAAUAUCGUUUUGGGUCAGAAGACUUGUUGCAAGACAAUGCCAAAUCAGCAUUGCCAUUGGCAUAUAGAG